AAAGUCCAAAGUGGGAUGAUCACGGGCAGACCUGGGUAGUUGGGAACAGGAAGCGUUUGGCAUCUUGCAGGCUAUAGGCACCACAAGAUGGAGCACAGGAGGACAGGGGCUUGGGAGAGUCACGUCAGUGUUGGGUAAAACAGAGCAAGAUGAGUGCCUCUGGAUGCUUGGUUUCCCCACCUCCAGGGUCUGCUUGCUCUUCAAGUACCUCCCCCAAGCUAAUGACAGUUCACUUUAGGACAUCACAGGUCUCAAGGUUACAAGUUUCCCAGGCUUUGUUAUUUGGUUCUCCACUGCGCAGAAAUAGAUACGACAGCCAGCAUUGUUAAGCAUCAGGAUGUUCUAAGAGGACAGACUUAACAGUAACAUCAUGGCCUCAGCAGGACUUCAGCUCCUUGCUUUCAUCCUGGCCUUAUCUGGGGUCUCUGGAGUGCUCACAGCCACCCUGCUGCCCAACUGGAAGGUGAAUGUGGAUGUGGGCUCCAACAUCAUAACAGCCAUUGUGCAGCUGCACGGGCUCUGGAUGGACUGUACGUGGUACAGCACUGGGAUGUUCAGCUGUGCCCUGAAACACUCCAUUCUGUCCCUCCCCAUCCACGUGCAGGCUGCGAGAGCCACCAUGGUCCUGGCGUGUAUUCUGUCUGCUUUGGGGAUCUGCACUUCCACAGUAGGAAUGAAAUGUACUCGCUUAGGAGGGGACAGAGAAACCAAGAGCCAUGCUUCCUUUGCUGGAGGAGUCUGUUUCAUGUCUGCAGGAAUCUCUAGUUUAAUCCCGACAGUGUGGUACACAAAGGAGAUCAUCGCAAACUUUCUGGAUCUGACAGUUCCAGAAAGCAACAAACACGAACCUGGAGGAGCUAUCUAUAUCGGAUUCAUUUCAGCAAUGCUGUUGUUUAUCUCUGGCAUGAUUUUCUGCACCUCUUGUAUAAAAAGGAAUCCAGAAGCUUGGCUCGACCCACCCACGCAGCAGCCUAUCUCUAACACACAGCUCGAGAACAAUUCCACACACAAUCUGAAGGAUUAUGUGUAAAUAACUGAGUGAUACAUAUGAAAUGGGAUUUUUGGGUGCCAAAUGGGACUUUUAGAUUUUAAAAAAUCAGGAUUAUGCUUAACUUUCCCUACAAAGAAAGUAGAAUGUAAAAUACUUUAACAACUACAAGGUAGUUUAAAAUGCCAAUAAAACUAUCAUACACAA